AUGCAGAACUUGACGGAACACAGGUCUGCACAGCAAGACCUUGCUAAUAGAGAUAACUCAGUAAAGAGAAAUACCGUAAAAUCGUUCUUGAGAGGCUCUGGCGACUUCUCCCGCAAGAAGGGAAAAAGAAAUGACAAAAGCACAGAUAUCAUGUGGAUGUGGGACGUUCUUGACAAUAUUGUCAAAAUUCAAGAAGAAGAACGCCUCAAGCUCGACAACUUGGAACUUAAGUUAGACCGUAUCAUAAAAAAACUUUUUCCAGAAGAAAUAAAAUUGAAGCGACCACACGGAAUCCCAGCAUUUCCUCUACGUACAGAAGAGGAGUGGGAAAAACUGGAAGAAAUUCUCGCAGAUGACGAUGCAUUUACAUACGUGGUAGAUGUCUUUUUGCGGCAAAAAUGAAAAACAAAGAUUCAGAAGUUGCUGCUCUGCAGUCUGUACUCCCGAAAGUGAUCACGAAUUCCU